AUGUCUUCAAGAAGAGUUGGUUCUGUCACCAGGUUCGGAUGGGUGCAAGAGAUCCCACAUUAUGAUCACGUCCCUGUUGGCUCCUUAUGGCGGGAUGCAGCUCUCCCUCUUCCCCUGACGGGCUUUCAUGGAACAGUGCCGGCUGCCAGCUUAGACCCCCUUCCCCCUCCCCCUCUACCAGAACAACCAGCUGUUGGGCCUGAAUCCUUCUACCCCCCCAACGAUGAUGAGCCAAUGGAGGGCGAAAGUGAUGUCAUGGACAUUAAGCCGAUCCGCCGCUUCAUCCCAGACUCUGUCAAGAACUUCUUCCGUGGCAACAGUGGUAACCGUGGCAGCAAGGGUUUGUCCAUCCCACCUCCACCACCACCUCUACCUGCUUCUCAGUCCCCUGUCCCCUCGUCCAAGAAGAGUUGGAGUGGCCACACCACGUUAGGACUCCCCUGCUCACCUCCCCACUCUGCCCCUCCAUCUCCAUCUCUUCCCGGCUCCUAUCGGGACCCCUUUGGUGGCUCUGGGGGCAGCUACACCUCUCAGAAGGAGCGUGACAGGCUGCUGCUGGGCGCUGAAGCCUUUGACUCCGUAUCAGCAGUGCCCACCAAUCUCUCGGCCCUGACCUACCAGGAGCGGGUGGAGGAAUACCACCAACGCUACGCCUACAUGAAGUCCUGGGCUGGCCUGCUUAGGAUCCUGGGCUGUAUUCAACUGCUGCUGGGAGCUGCUGUGUUCGCCUGCGUCUGUGCUUAUAUUCAUAAGGACAACGAGUGGUUCAAUAUGUAUGGAUACUCCCAGCCUCAGCUGUUUGGGGGUCUCGGUGGAAGUGCUAGUGGAUAUGGGGGCAGUUACUACACAGGCCCCAAGACACCUUUUAUCCUGGUGGUGGCUGGUCUUGCGUGGAUCGUGACUGUUAUUCUGGUUGUUCUUGGGAUGACCAUAUACUACAGAGCCAUCCUUCUAGACUCUUCAUGGUGGCCGCUCACAGAGUGUUCCAUCAACUUAGUCUUGGCAGUGCUCUAUUUGGCAGCAGCAAUAGUAUAUGUGAGGGACACUACUCGAGGGGGGCUGUGCUAUAUACCGGUCUUCAAUAGUGGAGUAAACGGAGCGUUCUGUCGCACAGAAGCUGGCCAGACAGCAGCCCUUGUCUUCCUCUUCAUCACUACCCUGCUGUACUUCAUCAGUGCAGGUGUAUGUCUGAAGCUGUGGAGACAUGAAGCAGCCAGGAGGAGGAAGGAGGGGCUGGAACAGGAGCUGGGUCCAGCCUCCAGGGCCUCUGAGCACACUCCUCUCCCUACCAUCCAGCCAGACCUAAUGGAUGCCCCGAUCAACUCUGCAGCUGCUUCUAGGAUGGCACUGGAGCCAGAGAUCCUCCGAGGUCACAUACCAGCUGGACACAUCCCCAAACCUGUCGUUAUAGCUGACUAUGUGGCGAAGUACCCCAGCAUCCACUCAGAGGAGGAGAGGGACCAGUAUCGGGCUGUGUUCAAUGACCAGUAUGCUGAGUACAAGGAGCUGCAUGCUGAGGUUCAGGCCAUGGCCAAGAAGUUUGAAGAGAUGGACGAGAUAAUCCAGAACCUUCCCUCCCGGCCUUCCAGCCAAAUGGAAAAGGAGCGGAUCAAUGGCAUUUUAAUGGAAUAUCAGAAGAAGAAAAAUGACCCAACAUAUUUGGAAAAAAGGGAUAGGUGUGAGUACCUAAAGAACAAGCUCUCCCACAUCAAGAAGAAAAUUCAGGAGUACAACAACAAGUCAUUCAAUGGAACAACAGCAACUUAACACUGCAGUUUAAUAAUGCCUUUAACGCAUGUGGA